AUAUCAAAAUACAUCAUACGACUGGACUUGCUUACUUAGCUUGUGGUGACGAACAGGGUCGUAAAACCCAAUGGUUUCCACCGAAUGAUGUUCUCAAUUACAGUUAUCACCCAAGAGAAACUUUCUAUGUCUAUAAUACUGAGACUGAUAAACUAACUCCUCUCACCCUCAAAAACUUUGCCGAUGAAGAAGACUUUUCGCUUCAUGGUUUUGGGAUGUAUGAAGAUCCGGCAGAAUCUGAAAUAGCUGUUGAUGGUUUAAUGUUUGCAAAUGGAAUUAAUACAAAUUGGGAUUAUUCACACAUUUUUGUUGGUGCGGUUGGUACGGGUGAACUUUUAGUAUACGAAAGAAAGCCUGAUAAUAAAUUAAAGCUGUUGGAAGCUGUUCAAGUUGAAUAUGCUAUUGAUAACGUUAGUGUGGAUCCUGUGACUGGUGAAAUUUAUCUCGCAGUCAUGGAUGUGUUUUUACAUCUAAAUGGUAUAAAAGAUGCUAAACUUGCAUUCAGUGUAUUAAAAGUUAGCAACAACACUGGAGAAAAUAAAUUUUAUGGGAUCAAAUACGAAAAAAAGAAAAUAUUUGAGGAUGAUGGUACAUUGUUUGGUGCCGUUUCUGUGGCAGCCGGUGAUAGUGUUAGGAAAGUAAUGUUACUUGGAUCUUUUCAUACACCAGGAGUUAUUAGAUGUGAAUUAAAUUGA